AUGCAUGACAACAAUGAGGAUAUUCUAGAUCGCUCAAGAACCGGCCCCGAUCCGUGCAUUGAACCUGCAUUGCAGGCUUUGCCACUUGAAGCUCUCCCAACCACAAUUCCAAGCCUGAACUCAUCAUCGGUAAAACCAACAGCAUCAACAGAGAGCCAUGAUACUUCUUCAAAUACAGGCCAAAAGGCUAAAAAAGGGAAGGCUCGCGGCGCAAGAACUGCCCCCAAAAAGCAGUCGUCAAGGACGCCGUCAGGUCCUUGGCCGGAUUCCUUCAAAAGUUUGUGCCAAACCCACCGAGCUCUAAAUCUAGUCUACACGUUUUGCUGUACGAGAAAACACCUCGCUACUACAUUUGAAACCAUCAGAGCGACUGUGCAGGCCCAAAUGGGAGGUCGAGACCUUACGGUAGACGAUGUGUCGAAGAUCAAAGUCUUCAUCCCGCGUGCAAUUAGAUUUGAAUAUGUAGAUGAGGCAGCCUUGGAAGUCAUGGGGGCAGGAGAAGGAGGAAGAGAUGAUUAUAAGUGGAUGAAUAAGAAAAGUGCCAACCUGGGCGGCGGCUUUCUUCCUAGCGAGGCGUCUUUGGAUGAUCCGUCGACUGUUGAAGAUGAUUCUCAAGUAACGCAGCCUGUUCUAUUAUUCGAGUUUAUUGACGAAGAUCUCCGUCGACAGGUCUCACAUAGCAAAACAGGUGAACCAACACGACCUAUCAAGAGGCUGAGGAACGAUGAGCUGAAAAUGCCAGUUUACAGCCAGAAACAAAUGCUGGCUUUGAUUGAAAAAAGAAACAAGAAGUUCUCAGAUGCUGUUGAUGCUUUUUUGGUAAAAUGUGAGGAUGAAAGUGUGGAUCCUUCAGAACGGUUGGAGAAUGAGAAAGUGAUCCCAGUGCCAUUAACAAAAAGCGGAGUGAAUACGCCAUCCGUUACCCGUGUCCCCCAUGAGAUACCCAAGGAGCGCAAGUCGAUUGCUGAGAUUAUCGCCGAGAUUAGGGAAUCGGAAUGGUACACGGCACAGAUAGUCCCAGAAGGCCACAGGGUUUUCGACUCACGGCCGGCUGUGUACGGGGACUUGUCCUUUCAGCUAUCACAGAACCUUGUCAAUGCGCUGUACAAUACCAAAGGCAUAACUCAACUGUACUCGCACCAAGCGGAGGCUAUAAACAAUAUAUACGAUGGACAUAACGUCAUCGUCUCGACCUCAACAAACUCCGGCAAGUCUUUGAUCUACCAAAUUCCAAUGCUGCACGAACUUGAGAACGAUUCAAACAGUCGAGGUAUCUAUAUCUUCCCGACAAAAGCUCUAGCGCAAGACCAGAAGCGUAGUAUGAAAGAAUUAUUACACUUCAUGGAAGGCCUAGAAGGUACUAUCGUUGAAACCUUUGAUGGAGAUACCCCUAUGAGUGAACGCAACAUGAUUCGCGAUGAAGGUCGAAUUAUAUUUACUAAUCCUGAUAUGCUUCAUAUCACCAUAUUACCCCAGGAAAGCUCAUGGCGGACAUUUUUGCAGCACUUGAAGUUCGUGGUUGUUGAUGAGCUCCAUUCAUACAAUGGGCUUUUCGGAUCUCACGUUGCGUUCAUAAUGCGCCGUUUGCGUCGGAUUUGUGCUGCAGUGGGAAACCGACAUGUCAAGUUUAUUUCGUGUUCUGCGACUGUUGCCAACCCGGUUGACCACAUGAAGACUAUCUUCGGUGUGGACGAUGUUUGUCUGACUGAUUUUGAUGGUUCGCCGGCUGGCAGGAAGGAAUUCAUCUGUUGGAAUACCCCAUUCAAAGAUCCUCAUGAUCCUACCUCUGGUAGAGGAGACAGCAUUGCCGAAACAGCACGAUUAUUCUGCCAGUUAAUUCUACGUGGCGUUCGAGUCAUCGCCUUUUGCAGAAUCAGGAAACAGUGCGAGAUUGUUUUGGCGGCAGUCAAGAACGAAUUCCAAACAUUGGAACGACCAGAAGUUGCGAAGCUGGUUAUGGGGUAUCGUGGAGGUUACAGCCCGCAGGAUCGUCGCCGCAUUGAGAAAGAGAUGUUUGAGGGCAUGUUGAUGGGAAUAGUAGCGACAAACGCACUUGAGCUGGGAGUGGAUAUCGGCUCUCUAGAUGCCGUCCUUACUCUGGGAUUCCCAUUUUCAAUAUCAAACCUACGGCAGCAGAGUGGACGAGCUGGUCGGCGGAACAAGGAUUCCUUGGCUGUGCUCAUCGGCGAUAGCUUUCCAACGGAUCAACACUAUAUGAGCAAUCCAGACGAAAUAUUCACUAAGCCAGACUGCGAGUUACAAGUCGACUUGACCAACGAGCUUGUCUUGGAAGGCCACGUCCAAUGCGCUGCGUUCGAGGCCCCUAUAAAACCAGACGAAGACAAAACCUACUUUGGCGAACAACUUGCGGAAUUCGCCUCUACUCGCCUCGUCAAAGACUCUCUUGGCUAUUUCCACUGCAACGAGCGUUUCCGGCCUAAGCCAUCCCAAUACGUAUCCAUCCGAGACAUGGAAGACAGCACGUUCGCCGUCAUCGACAUUACGCACAACCGAAACAUCGUCCUUGAAGAAGUCGAAGAAUCACGGGCUUUCUUCACCAUAUACGAAGGCGGAAUCUUCAUGCACCAGGGCCUGACCUACGUCGUCCGCGAGCUCAACACCCACAAACGGAUUGCGCGUGUCGUCGAGGUGCAGGUGGAUUGGAACACGCAACAGCGCGAUUACACAGACAUCGACCCGAUCGAAACCGAAGCCAUCCGCCAUAUCCCCGGCUCCUCGAACUCGCGCGCAUUCUACGGCGCCAUCCAGAUCCACGCGGUCGUGUACGGCUUCUUCAAGAUCGACAAGCGCGGGCGCGUCCUCGACGCCGUGCAGGUGGACAACCCGCCCAUCGAUAUCUUUACCAAGGGCAUGUGGCUUGACGUUCCCAAGCGUGCUCUCGAAAUUCUUGAGUCACGCCAUCUCAACAUCGCUGCUGCCAUCCACGCUGCCGAACACGCCGUUCUCUCCCUCCUGCCAACCUUCGUCGUCUCGCUUCCCGGCGACGUCCGCACUGAGUGCAAAGUUGCCAAGAAGGAACUGGGCAAGAACCUCAAACGAGCGAAUGAUUCCACCAACACCAACCCCAAUAACACUGAGCGCAACCUCCGGAUCCCCAACUCCACCCGAUCUAUCAACAGCAACAUUCCCGCCCUCGAACCCCCGCGCCGCCAACGUCCCGCGCGGCUGACCUUCUACGACGCCAAAGGCGGAUCCUCUGGCAGCGGAAUCGCGCUGAAAGCCUUCGAAUUCAUCGACAGCCUGCUGCGGCGCGCAGUCGCUCGCAUCGAGGCCUGCACCUGCAUCACGCCAUAUGGCUGCGUCGAGUGCGUGUGCGACGAGCGUUGUAAAGAACGCAAUGUAGUGAUGAGCAAAGCCGGGGCCGGAGUGGUGCUGAAGAGCCUACUGGAAUGGGAGAUUGAUGUUGAUGCGUUGCCGUGGGGGGAAGAUUUUGAGGGCGAUGAAGGAGGUGGAGAGAUUGUUGGGGGGUAUGAGACUGUUGUUGUGGCGAAGGAAGUCAAGGCGAGGGUUGGAGGGAGGGUGAAGGUUUAUCACGGGGAUGGGGGCGUGCAGUCGAUGGUUUCUCCCUAA